UGGAUUCAUACAUAUUUAAAUACAUGCUAAGAAAGCCUAUAAGAAAUAAUGAUGUUCAGAGAAGGACUAAAUGUAGAGGCUCAUUUUAUUACUAUUUUGUAAGCAUCCGGAAGAUGGACACUAUAAAAAAUCCAUACUACAGUCUUGUCAGAUAUAUUGUAAUAGUAACAGGACAAAGUCGAUAUAAUCCUAAAUGGAUAAAUUUUAUCAUUCAAUCAUUUUUUACUUUUAUUAUAGUUUCUUUUAUAACUGGGCAGAUUACAGGCGCUAUAAAACUAUUGGAUAACAUAGACGCAUUCUUAGUGUGCAUACCACCAACAUGUUACUCUUCAAUAAGUGCAAUUAUUUUCUUAAAUAAUAAGCUGAAAGUAAAACAAAUAAAUGUUGUUCUUUCAAAGAUACAAGAAGAUUGGAAUUCAUUAUUAUCCAAAUAUGAAGUUGAGAUUUUACACAAAUAUGGCAGAAGAUGCAACAGUUAUAUUAAAUUAUUCUAUGUUGGAUUCUUUGGACACGCUAAUGUAUACGUAUUGUCGCAUGUAAUUCCUCUGAUGAUUAAAUUUUUUAAAAAUAGUCAUGAACCGAGUGAGCUUCUAUUUCCACUUGACUUUGGUAUAGAUACAGAAAAAUACUUCUACUUGAUAGCAAUUCACGGUUAUUUAUCAGCUUACGUUUGUACUUUAGCGUUUGUAAAUGGAGAUACACUUCUCUUCAUGUUUCUUGAGCAUGCAUGUGGAAUAUUUGAAAUUAUGCGAUAUAAAUUGUCUACUGCGAUAAAUGAAACUUCUAAAUCCGUCAACAAUGAUACUUUUCAAAAGAAUCUUCAACGUGAAAUAAAAAUUUGUGUAUCAAUGCACAGAAAAGUUCUAUUGUUUGUAUAUUUUUAUUAUGAUCUUUUACAUUAA